AACACACAACCUUCAGGUUCGAUCGUUUUUCUCCAAUGGCCUUCUCGAGAACCGCUCUUCUCUACCAUCGAUUCUCCAGACAACACCAACUCCACAGACCAUUCACCACGAAACCAGACAACAACACAUUCCUCCAUCCCAACCAAUCCGAACUCGCCCAAAACCUAAUCACAAUCUUCACAAGACAACCUUUCUCCCCCUCCGACCCCGACCUUCUCCGUCUCGCCCCCGAGCUCAACACCAAGGUAGUCGAAACCGUCUUGAACGGAAUCACAAGAUGGGCCUCGGCUCAUCUCUUCUUCGACUGGGCUUCGCAACAGCAAGGCUACCGAAACGAUAUGUACGCUUACAACGCCAUGGCUUCUAUCCUAUCACGUGCUCGACAAAAUGCCUCACUGAAAGCGUUGGUCAGAGACGUUAUAAACUCUCGCUGUUUCAUGUCUCCAGGAGGGUUAGGGUUUUUGAUUAGGUGUUUGGGUAACGCUGGGCUUGUGGAAGAAGCAAGUUUCGUUUUUGAUCGAGCUAGAGAGAUGGGUCUUUGCGUUCCCAAUGUGUAUACUUAUAACUGUUUGUUGGAAGCGGUUUCUAAGUCGAGUUCGAGCUCGGUUGAGUUGGUUGAGGAGAAGCUGGAGGAGAUGAGGCGUUGCGGGUUUGAUUUCGAUAAGUACACUCUCACGCCAGUUUUAAAGGUUUACUGCAACGCUGGAGAGUUUGAGAGAGCGUUGAGUGUUUUCAAUGAGAUAAUUAGUCGAGGCUGGCUUGAUGAGCACAUCUCAACGGUUUUGGUUGUGUCGUUUUGUAAGUGGGGGAAGGUGGAUAAGGCUUUUGAGUUGGUUGAGAUGCUGGAAGAGCGUGAGGUUAGGUUGAAUUAUAAGACGUGUUGUGUUUUGAUUCAUGGGUUUGUGAAGGAGUCUAGGGUUGAUAAAGGGGUUCUGUUGUUUGAGAAGAUGCGUGGGAUGGGUAUGGAGGCUGAUAUCGCGUUGUAUGAUGUGUUGAUAGGAGGACUCUGCAAGGCCAAAGAUCUUGAGAUGGCUCUGAGUUUGUAUUUGGAGAUGAAGAAGUUGGGAGUUAGACCUGAUAGAGGGAUACUUGGGAAGCUAAUACGUUCGUUUUCUGAAGAAAGUGAGUUAAGUCGGAUAAUAAAAGUGAUUAUUGGAGAUAUAGACACGAAAACUGUGAUGCUUUUGUACAAAACUUUGUUGGAGGGGCUUAUUCGGAAUGGUUUGGUGAAUGAUGCUUGCAGUUUUAUUCAGAACCUCAUGGGAGAUUACGAGUCGGAUUAUGAGUCUGAGAUUGUUCAGCUUCUAAAGGAUCAGAAUAAAGCAAUUCUCCCAGAUUCUGACACUCUUAGCAGUGUGAUUGACUGCUUGGUGAAAGCUAAUAAGGUGGAUAUGGCAGUGAGCUUGUUACAUGUUAUUGUUCAGAACGGCCUUAGUCCAAGUCUUAUGAUGUACAACAACGUAAUCGAGGGGUUAUGUAAAGAAGGAAGGUCAGAAGAAAGCUUGAAACUGUUGGGGGAAAUGAAGGAACCAAGUCAAUUCACACUUAACUGUAUUUAUAGUUGCUUGGCUGAGCGGUGCGAUGUUGCAGGAGCAGUCGACUUACUGAAAAAGAUGCGUUUCUAUGGAUUUGAGCCAUGGAUAAAGCACUCAACCUUACUUGUCAAAAAGCUCUGUGAGAAUGGGAGAGCCGUUGAUGCUUGCAAAUACCUUGAUGAUGUGGCUGGAGAAGGUUUCUUUAAUCACAUGGUUGCCUAUACUGCUGCAGUUGAUGGUCUCGUAAAAAACGAGGGAGUGGAUAGAGGUUUAGAGCUAUUCCGAGACAUAUGUGCCAGUGGUCAUUCCCCUGACGUGAUUGCGUACAAUGUAAUGAUAAAAGCUCUGUGUAAAGCAUCUCGAACUACUGAAGCUGAUGACUUGUUUAACGAAAUGGUAUCAAAAGGACUAAAAGCGUCUGUUGCUACUUAUAACAGUAUGAUAGAUGGAUGGUGCAAGGAAGGUGAGAUUGAUAGGGCCAUGUCUUGUAUCGCGAGGAUGUACGAGGAUGAGAAAGACCCUGACGUCAUUACCUACACUAGCUUAAUCCAUGGGCUAUGCGUUAGUGGAAGGCCUGGUGAAGCAAUCUCUCGUUGGAAUGAGAUGAAGGACAGAGAUUGCUCUCCGAAUAUAAUUACCUUCAUGGCGCUUAUUCAAGGUCUUUGCAAGUGUGGCUGGUCGAAUGAAGCUUUGGUUUAUUUUCGUGAGAUGGAAGAAAAGGAAAUGGAGCCUGAUUCAGCUGUUUACUUAUCGCUCGUAGGGUCUUUUCUGUCGAGUGGAAACAUCAGUGCCGGGUUUGGGAUAUUCAGAGAAAUGGUUUGUAAAGGAAGGUUUCCGAUUUUAGUAGAUAGGAACUACCUGCUUGCUGUUGAUGCUACAAAUAAGUUUGUGGCAGACUUUAGGACAUCAUGUUAUCUUACAGGUCUGAUUAAAGACGGCAGAUUGCCUAUUGUAGCUGCUGUAAGUAGACAAUGAAGUAAACGCUUCUAAUUGAAAGAGGGGUUACUUAUUGAGAUUGGUUGCAGA